AUGCUUGCAUCUGUGCUGUUUCAUGGCACGGCGGCUCAAACUACCCAUGUGGUCGGUAACGCCUUGGGCUGGAAUAUUCCUCCCAACGGACCUUCUGCUUACACUACCUGGGCAUCAACUCAGGCCUUCAGAGUCGGCGAUGUUCUUCUCUUUAACUUCAUCACCGGAUUCCAUAACUUUGCUGAAGUACCGCACGCGGCGUACGGCCCACGCACCAACGCCAACCCAAUCUACAUCGCCACCACCGGCCCGCUAGAGUCACCUUGA